AUAACAGAUCCUUGUGUUGUUGAACAGAUAAGCUGUCCCUUUUGUCUCUCUCAAAAUUUCCCAAUAUGCUAUUACUUUCUCAGCUUCUUUAAUCUUUUAUAUCUCCCACUGUCUCUACCUCUCUUUGGAAGAAAACACACUACUCAUCAAAAAUAUUUUGUAGACUAUGGCGUCAAGAGCAAGAAGGAAGCAGAGAUGGUGCACACAAACACUAACGCCAUUAAUGGAAGGGCCAGACCCUGAAAUGCAAGAAGAAGGAAACAAGAAGGAGAGUUCUUGGGAAGUAAUCCGAGAAUGGUUUCGAACACAAAAGGGAUUGUCUGCAACUAAUUUUUCUAUGUCUAAUUUAUAUGAAAACAAUCCUGCUAAGAGUCAAGACUUAAGACUUCUGCUUGGUGUUUUGGGUUGCCCUCUCGCCCCCAUUCCUCUUGUUAAUCAUCCAAUUCAUCACAUUCGUGUCAAAGAUAUUCCUAUUGAAACUUCGACGGCACAUUACAUUAUACAACAAUAUUUGGCGGCUUCAGGAUGCUUGAAACAGCAGAAAUGUGCGAAAAACAUGUAUGCAACAGGAAGUGUGAAGAUGAUUUGUUGCGAAACAGAGAUUUCUUCCGGUAAGAAUGUGAAAAGUUUAGGAACAAGAAGUGGAGAAAGUGGUUGCUUUGUUGUCUGGCAAAUGUUGCCUGGGAUGUGGUCUCUUGAGCUGGUUGUUGGAGGCAGUAAGGUCAUCGCCGGAAGCGAUGGGAAAACAGUGUGGCGACACACUUCUUGGCUUGGCACCAACGCAGCCAAGGGACCUCAACGACCUUUGCGUCGCAUAAUCCAGGGCCUAGAUCCAAAGACAACGGCCAGCUUAUUUGCGAAAGCUCAGUGUUUAGGCGAGAAACGAAUAGGUGACGAUGAAUGCUUCGUACUUAAAGUAUGCGCUGACCGGGCUGCCGUGAUGGAACGAAACGAAGGGCCAGCAGAGGUGAUCAGGCAUGUAUUAUACGGUUACUUUUGCCAAAAGAGUGGCCUAUUGAUAUACUUGGAGGACUCCCAUCUGACCAGGGUUCAAACGCAAGAAAAUGACUCUGUCUACUGGGAAACUACAAUUGGAAGUAGCAUUGGAGACUAUAGAGAUGUGGAUGGAGUGUUGAUUGCGCAUCAAGGAAGAUCAAUCGCGACGGUUUUUCGAUUCGGGGAGCUUUCCAUGCAGCACAGCAGAACUAGGAUGGAAGAAAUUUGGAGCAUUGAUGAUGUUGUUUUCAAUGUUCCAGGACUCUCCAUGGACUCUUUCAUUCCUCCUGCUGAUAUCUUUGAUAAUGUUCAUUGCCCUUCACGAUAAUAACAUCAAGACAUGAUUAUAUAUGCUUUAUUUAAUUUGUUCUAAUUUGCAGCAAAAUAUAUAUAUAUAUAAUUGGUGGGGAGGGUUGGUUUAUGCUGCACGUAUCUUAAACUUAAUCUGAAUUUCAAGUGUAGUUUGUAGGUCGUUUUCCAAGUCAUUAACCUCAUAACAAGAUGACAAAUUCAGGGUUGGAGUGGAAUAAGUAAUUUUGUUUGAUUUUUGGAUUUCUUUUCUCUCCUUUUCGGAAAUAAUGUUUUUUUUUUUUUUUUUGGGAGUUUUGAUAUAAGUUUGCAAGGGUAAAUAAUUUAUAAAGUUGUUGAAGGUGAGAGUCGGAUAAGAUUUUUGGAGAAUGAUAUGGAUUUCAAUAAUUAAGCUGUGCAAGAUGUGGAAAGUUGGAGACUCUGUUUUUUGUGGAUGAGUUGAAUCGGCCAGUUGGGAGUUGCCUCUCUGUUGCUGUUUAGUAAUUAUUAUUAGCAAGGGUAUGUGUAGGUUUUUUACUAUGUCUUUUUCUAAGUGUUUUAAUUUGUUUGAUGGUGCAACACAUAAAUUAAUCUUGGCGGGAGUCUCUUAAGAGUUUUUUUGCAACGUUGUCCAAGUUCCUUAAAUAGUGGUGUUGUAAUCUCAUUGGGAAUUGGGUGUUUUGUAUGGGCUUUUUUCUUUUUAUUUGUCCCUGAAUUUGCUUUAAACAAUGUUCGAUACUUUGCUAGCUCUUGCAAGUUUUGCAACCUCUUG